AUGGACGCCGCUCAAAUGCAAAGCGAGUUGGAUCGAGCUAACAAGAAACUGGAUAGGUUAGAGGAAUUGAGGGAUGGAAAGAAGAAAGAAACUGUUUCGAAAAUUUCUGAAAAGAGUGUUCUGGAGAAAAAGGCUAUUCCUAUUCAAAAUCAAAAGGAAACCGUUGAUAAUGAAACAAAAGUCAAUGAAACAAAAGUCAAUGAAACAAAGGUCAAUGAAACAAAAGUCAAUGAAACAAAGGUCAAUGAAACAAAGGUCAAUGAAUUGCCAAAAUCUGGUACUGCUGACAACCAAAAAGUGAAACAGAUGCCAGAUUACAAAGCAAUGACGAAGCUUGAAUUAACGAAAAUGUUGUCAAAGUACGGAGUGAAGCCGGGAAAGCGGGAAGACAUGAUUAGUAUGCUCACAAAUAUCUGGUAUUCGUUAGCAAAUUCUGCAACGCAAGAAUACGCUUCUGCGACAGAUGAUGAUGAUAUCUCGUCUUCAUCAUCCGACGAAUGUGUUGAUGGAGGAGAUCAAUCUGCAGACUUUUGGAACAAGUUAGGCUUCAGUGAAGAGCCACACGAAAAUGUAGACGAACGGCUAUAUAAAUUCUUCAUAGAAAACGACGAGUUGUAUAACAAAAUACUCAAAUAUGAACCGCUGAACUUUCAGGCCAUAUUUUCAUUACUGGUAGUAUCGAAAGUGAAAUGCAAUGAGAAGCAACUGAAGGACUUUCUCGAUGGACAGGGUAUAAUAUUUAUAUUGAAUCGGACUAAUAAGACGAAUCCAAUGAGAGGAAUGAGAGGACGUGGCCGGGGUAGGCGAGGAGCAUGGAGAUAUAUUUAA